CAAGGCGCGGGGGAGGCGAAGCGCGGCGGGAGCGGUCGGGAAGAUGCUGGAGGCGGCGGCUGCUGCCGCUGCAGCCGCGGCCGCCGAUCCCGAGCUGGACGCCGAGGAUUUGGUGCAUUUCUCGGUGGGCGAUUUGCCCAGCCGUGGGUACGGCGUGAUGGGCGAGAUCCGGCGGCAGGGCAAGCUCUGCGAUGUGACCCUCAAGGUAGGGGACCACAAGUUCAGCGCUCACCGGAUCGUGCUGGCAGCUUCCAUCCCCUACUUCCACGCCAUGUUCACCAAUGACAUGAUGGAGUGCAAGCAGGAGGAGAUUGUCAUGCAGGGCAUGGACCCCAGUGCCCUGGAGGCUCUGAUCAACUUUGCCUACAAUGGUCACCUGGCCAUAGACCAGCAGAAUGUCCAGUCCCUGCUGAUGGGAGCCAGCUUCCUUCAGCUGCAGAACAUCAAAGAUGCCUGCUGCACAUUCCUCAGAGAGAGGCUUCACCCCAAGAACUGCCUGGGCGUGCGGCAGUUCGCCGAGACCAUGAUGUGCGCCGUGCUCUACGACGCUGCCAACAGCUUCAUCCACCAGCACUUCGUGGAGGUCUCCAUGUCUGAGGAGUUCCUGGCACUGCCCUUUGAGGAUGUCCUGGAGCUGCUUUCUAGGGAUGAGCUCAACGUGAAGUCUGAAGAGCAGGUCUUUGAGGCCGCCUUGGCCUGGAUCCGCUUCGCCCGGGCGCAGCGGGAGCCCUUCCUGCCGGGGCUGCUGGGCAAGGUGCGCCUGCCCCUCUGCAGCCCGCACUUCCUCGCCGACCGCGUGCAGCAGGACGACCUGGUCCGCUGCUGCCACAAGUGCAGGGACCUGGUUGAUGAGGCAAAGGACUAUCACCUGAUGCCGGAGCGCCGGCCGCACCUCCCUGCCUUCAAGACGCGCCCUCGGUGCUGCACGUCCAUGGCAGGGCUGAUCUACGCUGUUGGAGGGCUCAACUCAGCAGCAAAUUUCUAUGCAGGCGACUCGCUGAACGUGGUGGAGGCCUUUGACCCCGUUGCCAACCGGUGGGAGAAGUGCCAGCCGAUGGGCACGGCGCGCAGCCGCGUGGGGGUGGCGGUGCUCAACGGCCUGCUCUACGCCAUCGGCGGCUACGACGGCCAGCUGCGCCUCAGCACCGUCGAGGUCUACAACCCAGAGACCGACUCCUGGUCCAAGGUGGAGAGCAUGAACAGCAAGAGGAGUGCCAUGGGGACGGUGGUGCUGGACGGUCAGAUCUACGUCUGUGGUGGAUAUGAUGGAACCUCCUCCCUCAACUCUGUGGAGUCCUACUCUCCAGAAACAAACAAGUGGACAGUGGUGACCCCCAUGAGCUCCAACCGCAGCGCCGCCGGCGUCACCGUCUUCGAGGGCCGGAUCUACGUCUCGGGAGGCCACGAUGGGCUGCAGAUCUUCAACAGUGUGGAGUACUACAACCAGCACACGGGCAGCUGGCACCCGGUGUGCAGCAUGCUGAACAAGCGCUGCCGGCACGGCGCCGCCUCGCUGGGCAGCAGGAUGUUCGUGGCCGGGGGCUACGACGGCUCCGGCUUCCUGAGCGCGGCCGAGGUGUACAGCUGCCCGGCGGAGCAGUGGGACCUGCUGGUGCCCAUGGGCAGCCGCCGCAGCCGCGUCUCCCUGGUGGCCGCCUGCGGCCGCCUCUACGCCCUGGGGGGCUACGACGGACAGUCCAACCUCAGCUCCGUGGAGAUGUACGACCCCGAGACCGACCGAUGGACGUUCAUGGCCCCCAUGGUGUGCCACGAGGGAGGGGUGGGCGUGGGCUGCGUGCCCCUCCUCACCGUCUGACGAGGGAGGGGCUGGGGGCGGGGGGAAGGCGGGGAGUGGGAUACACA